GGGAAAUCCCGGCCUACGCUAUCCACCUAAUUUCUACCUUCCGCUGCAAUUCGUUGCGGUUGCUGGCAAUGUUCUCUUCUUCCCAAGCCUUGCGCGUCCAGCGCGUCGUCGUCCAGCAAAGAAAGCGGGCAUUGCAUGACCUAGUUUCACUACCUGGACGCAAACCUAUCGUUUCCUAUGGAACUCCUGGAUACAGUGCUGUUAGUGGACACGUCGUCACCGUUUUCGGUUGUACUGGAUUUCUAGGAAGGUACUUGGUAUCUCAACUAGGUGAGCUCAAAUUCUCAUUCAGUCGCGAGUUAGAAAUGGUGAUAUUUUGUGUUACAGCGAAGAUGGGCACACAGGUCGUCGUACCCUAUCGGGAGGAGGAUGAAAAGAGGCAUCUUAAGCCCAUGGGUGACCUCGGUCAAAUAGUUCCCUUGGAAUGGGAUCUUCGGAAUGAAAACCAAAUAGCCGAAUGUCUCAGACAUUCAGACAUUGUUUACAAUCUUGUUGGCCGAGAUUACGAGACGAAGAACUUCGAUUAUUCAUCUGUCCAUGUCGAUGGUGCAGAACGAAUCGCAAAGAUUGCCGCUGAAGUCGGUGUCCAGCGUUUGGUUCACGUUUCGCAUCUGAACGCAUCUAGCAACUCUUCCUCUCAAUACUACCGAACCAAAGCCGAGGGUGAAGAACGGGUAAGGAAGGUCUUCCCCAGCGCCACUAUCGUCAGGCCCGCUUCACUCUUCGGGUAUGAGGAUAAGUUCCUGAAUAACAUGGCCAUCUGGCCAAUCUGGUGGAAAUUGAAUUACGGCGAGACCAGAAUUCGUCCAGUUCACGUGAUGGAUGUUGCACAAGCGCUUGCUAACCUUAUGUCUAUCCCUCAAUUAAGUGGCACACUAAACCUUCCUGGGCCGAACGCUCUCACUUUUGAGUACCUCCUGGACCUUGUGUCAUCUGUUACUUACGGUCCCCCUUCUCGGGCUCCUGUCGUGCCUAAGCGAAUUGCAUUGCUUAUUGCCAAGGCUGCACAAGCUGCUUGGUGGCCGAUCCUUAGCCCGGACGAAGUGGAGAGGCGAUACAUCGAUGAUACCGACGUUCCAGGAGACUGGGCUGCUGUUGGUGUGACCCCAGAAGAGAUAGAAAACCUUGCAAUAACAUACCUUAGAAGAUAUCGCUCCGCAGAAAACUUCGUGCGACCGGUCGUAUUCCCUGCCCGGUCAGGACAAACUGCACCAUAAGGCUUGAAGUCGAAAUGGGCGUCUACCGUAUCAAAAUUUGCGGGCGUCCUUCCUUUCUUUACUUAGCGUUCUUUGUAUUGAUGGCGGAGUGGUUGCCAGGACAUAGAGCGAAUAGUAAUAUUGUGAUAUGCUAUGUAAAGUGUUGUCUAGGGGGUAGAAAACUACAAGAAAAUCUGCCGUACCCAAGCCGAGCAAAUAAGAUCAUAACGUUUUUAUUUUAUUUUACACUGAUCGGGUGUUUCCCGCACGAAGAAAGAAAAUGUUAUUAUAGCACGAUCAGAUAAGACUGUCGAUAUGUAACAAAGUACUCCCAACGGAAGCUAGGCUUGCGAGUCACCUCGGGAUGCUGCGGAACGCGAGAAAGAUAUUUACGAAGGCGUAGGUGACUGUAAAUAUAUGACUGGCAUGGCGCUAAUACAACUGACAAUCAAAAGCCAGGGGGAACCAGGCCUUUUUGUGGAGGUUGAUUCGGACUGGAUCCAGAUGACGGAUAUGUUGAUCCAGGGGCGAGCAUCUGUUGAGCGCCCUGUUGUUGUGCCAACAUUUCCCGCUCCUGUGCCACUACCUUUGCUUCGUCUUCCAAGCUCAAAGCGAGAGGAAGGCCAACCAAUAACGCUGAGGUGGUGACAACCCAAACGAUGUUCCCGACGAUCUUCCCACUCAGCUUCACGAAAGAAGAAGCUUUUGAUACUUUCGAAGCAAGACUGUGACGGGUUGAGGGAGGCACAAUGUCUACGAGGGCGGUGAUACGGUCAUAGAGGGUCUCUUCGGCGGAGAGCUCUGAGGAAAUGGAGGAGAGGGACGCCGAGGAGGAUGUGCGCGACGAUGAGGAGGAUGCAUACGGCGAAUUGCCAGCAUAUUGAGCGUCUUUCUCUUCAACGAUUUCUACUUUGACCAUGGUGGACGAGGUACGGAGCGAAGGCGGAAGGACAGAAAAAAAUAGAGGGAGCGCCUGACGGUCGGUUGACGGCGUGCGACCUCAGCUCGGAGCCGACGGGCGGUGGGGUGGCGUAAGAGUUUGGCGGUGUUUGGUCCGAUCCAUUAGGAUUAGUAUUGUACUGUAAUCAGGCAAUUAUAAGUAUAAGUACUACG